AUGGGUAUAUGCCUGGAUGGUCUCCGCUGCGCUGAUUUGUAUGAAAAGGGAAAUAACCAAAGUGGAAUUUAUGAAAUUAAUCCUGAUGGAAAGGGAAGUUUCAAAGUGUUUUGUGAUAUGACAACAUCAGGUGGAGGAUGGACUGUAUUUCAACGUCGUCUUGAUGGAAGUGUUGACUUCUACCGAGGAUGGCAAGAUUACAAGAAAGGUUUUGGUAACUUAAGCGAAGAAUAUUGGCUUGGUCUUGACAAAAUACACAUGAUGACAAAUAUUUCACAAAAUGAACUUCGUAUCGACAUGGAAGAUACAUCUGGAAACACGGCAUACGCUCAUUAUGAUUCAUUUAAAGUCAGCAGUAAAAAUGAGAAGUACAAGUUGAAUGUUGGAGGUUAUAAUGGUACAGCAGGAGACUCGUUGAAAAGUCAUAACGGUGUGGCUUUCAGCACCAAUGAUUCUGACAAUGAUGUUUGGAAAUAUAACUGUGCGGGAAGAUACAAAGGUGGCUGGUGGUAUUGGCGUUGUCAUCAUUACAAUUUGAAUGGUUUUUAUUAUUAUGGCGCACACACAUCGUAUGCUGAUGGAGUCAAUUGGGAAAAUUGGAAAGGAUAUUAUUAUUCUCUGAAAUCAACAUCGAUGAAGAUACGACCACGAGAAUUUGGAAAGAAGAAAUAA